AUUAAGUUAAUAUCUCAUAUGGAGGUAUAGCCCGUGUCUUCCCAGAAAUCCGAGAGACUGAUGCCAUGUGUGGGGACAACAAGAACUCCUGGUGACACACCUCGUGUUGGUCUCUUGUCUGGUACACACGCGCGCACACAAUCACACGUGCACUCCAAGAGGGAGAGGGAGGGAGAGAGAGUUUGCCCCACAUCUUAGUUGCUAUAACUACCCUGUGUUACGACAGGCGGGGAUGAUGAAGCCGUCUGCAGGCGACACACCACACGGAUCCAGCUCUGAUGCUCCUCACAGAGUUUGUCCAUAAUCAACAUUAAAGGAGAGGAGGAAGGUGUCCUGUGAGCUGUCGGGAGGAAACCGCAGGAAAACUGCAAACGGAGUCUAAAACAAAGACAGAAAAAUAUCUUUAUCCGUUUUCUGGAUCUUAAACUUCACAGGAAACAGUUUCACAGAUCCUCCAGGUGCGACUGUUUGUGUGUGUGUGUGAUUGGGACCUGGUGUGUGUCAGGGUGCUAUGGUGAGGCGAUGUGCACAGGCUGGCACAAGGAGAGAUGUACCAUCGUCAGUGGAGGAGGACGGAGAGGUAAAGGAGUGCAUCUUCAUUCAUGGCUGCGUGUCUCGCUCUUGUUCUCAGCUCUGUGGGGCCAAGUGUUCCCCCAGUGCCCGGACAGCUGCCACUGUGCCUGGGACACGGCCACGGUGCUGUGCUCAGACGCUGGGCUGCGGGAAAUCCCAGAGGGGAUCCCACCAGAUACUGUCUCCCUCCAUUUGGAACGCAACUACAUCCGAAACAUCCCACAGAGUGCCUUCAGCGAUCUGGUCCACCUGCGUGACCUGUACCUUUCCCACAACCGCAUCGACUCGCUCGCCUCGGGGGCCCUGCAGCACCUGGGCCCCGAGCUCCGCCUGCUCGACCUCUCACACAACCAGCUGAGGCAGGCCAGCAAGGAGGAGUUCGGCUCCACCCGUGCAAAGACACGCCUCUACCACAACCCCUGGCACUGUGACUGUGCCCUCCAGGAGCUGAUGGAGACUCUGUACCUGGAGCCUGAGACAGUGAAUGGGAUUGUUUGUGAGAGCUCUGUGAGGGGGGUUGGUGAGGGCAGCAGGUGGGAGGACCCGGGGUCACAGGGCGAGCACGCAGGUCAACCGAUGGUCAAACUGUUGGAUUCUGGGGUGAAUUUCUGCAGCCUGCAGAGGAAAACCACUGAUGUAGCCAUGCUGGUGACAAUGUUUGUAUGGUUCUUCAUGGUCAUCGUGUAUGUCGUGUACUACGUGAGGCAGAACCAAGCUGAGGCCCGCAGGCAUUUGGAGUACCUGAAGAGCCUGCCCAGCCCACGCAAGACCCCCACAGAGACAGACACAUUGAGCACUGGUUUCUAAACUCCUGCUCAGCUUCAACUUCAAUGGAAUAACAUGAAAAUGGAAUUUUUAUGGAGAGCGACUGAUAAAAUUCCACAACUUGCUAUAUGGAGUUACUGGAAGAUGCUCAUCCAGAGGAAAUGAACCCUUUACAGCUGUCUUUUGUGACUGUAAUAUUUCUUUAUAUUUGUUACAAUUGAGCCCACCUACCACAUUGUUCUUUAGAUUUCUUUACCUAUUAUACUUUUCUCAAUUUAAAGGUACAGUGUGUGGGAUUUAGAGGAUAUAUUACCAGAAAUGGAAUAUAAUAAGUAUGAUUUCUGUCGCAUAUAGUCACCUGAAAAUAAGAAUAAUUGUGUUUUUGUUACCUUAGAAUGAGCUGCUUAUAUCUGCAUAGGAAGCGGCUCCUUUUCUAUGGAGUCCACCAUUUUGUUUCUACAGUAGCCAGGAAUGGACAAACCAAACACUGGCUCUAGGUAGAGCCAUUUGCGUUUGCAUCUCAUUUUUUUGCAUUGGCCACCAUAGUUAGCAGCCCCUCUGUGAUAAUAACGUCAAAACACUGAUUUUUUAAAUAUGAAAAUGCUUUACUCAGGGUUUCUACCGGUUUCAAUCACAGGGUCCGUUUGUUUUAGAGAGGAAGAGACCUCUGCGGAUAAUUCAGCUCCCAGUCAAAACCUCCUAACUGUCUGGAUCUUAAGUUAUCAGAGAAAAAAAGGGGCGCUAAUGUUGGCAGGUGCUGCAUUAUUGGCCCUUCUGUAACAUGCCAAACAGCAUAGGAGAAACACUGAUUUUUUAAAGGUGAAACACCUUUAUUCAGUGUUUCUCCUGGUUUAAAUCACUGUGUCUCUUUGUUUUGGAGAGGAAAAGGCCUCUGUGGAUAUAAACUCACAAGUCAGUCUUUAGACGCUUUGCUUAACUAAAGACUGAUGACUUUCUCCCUGAUUUUGUGUUUAGAUGGGUGGAUACAAUUUCAGAGUUUAAAAAAACUCCCUACGUUGCAGAACCAAUAGUAAAUCUGCAGGGCGGUUCUUCGGUGGCUCGCUGAACUCUUGUGCUUGUAAACAUGGUCUCACUAGAAACAUGUGUAGCGGUACAAAAUGGCUCAGCCGCGCUCGCAGAAAACACCGUCAAAGUUAGUGGAUGUUUGUUGCGUUUGCGGCGAUACAUUCUCGCCAACUAAAAGAAACAAACAUAAUCUGUUGCAAGGCCAUGACUCAUCCGUCCGGCCGGACUAUAACGUUAGAGGGAAUCGCCUUGUUGUUUACAAAUACUUCCGGGUAGAAUACCAGCAGAGCUUUUAGCUAUAUAUAUAGCCUAUAUAUCACAUUUUUCACAUCACUGUAUCACCGUUUAGACUAAUCCGAUGUUUGUAAAGUCUAUAAACACAAUGAUUGAACAAACAUUACUAUGUCUGUCUGUAAUAGGUAAUAACUCAUUAAACGGUCCGUGAAAAAAAAUAUUUUUUCCAGCGGAUAUCUUAGUUACAACAUGAUUGAGCUAGCAAAGCAGUUUUGUGUUGCUAUGUGUGGUAUUUAUUCAGUUUUGGGAAAUCACGAUGUCUAGAAAGCAUCAGUGGCUGCAGCUGACAGGGACAGCUAACACUAGCAGCAAAGCUAACAUCAGGACGUCAUCUGUUAAAAGCCUCCCGUUGUCGGAUACGACAUGAAACUACUCCAGUUAGCUCAAUAAUGUUGUAACUAAGACAUCCGCUGGAAAAAAUAUUUUCUUCACGGAUGAGCACACGUUUGAUAAAGCGGAGUUAAAUCUCUCAGCAUCCAUUUUCAAGCUCUCUGUGUGUUUGUUUCCUUGCGGACGAGAAAAGGGGGAGCGCAUGUUUCCAAGAAGGCGUGUCCUUUUCAAAAAUGCAAGAGGCGUUACUUUGUUGCCGGCCGUUUUCGCUGGUGUGUUAAACACACUUUAGAAAGGAGUGUCCCCAGACUAUCAGAAGGCGGAGAUCUGAUUGUCUGGUGGUGAGACUACCGUGAAUAAUUUGGCUCCUGGUAAAAGCCUCUUAAUUGGAUCUUAAGUUAUCAGAGAAAAAUGGUGAGCUCACAUUAGUAGGUGUGGUGCUAGCAGCCCAUCUGCGUCCCAAACAGUGGAGGAGAAACCCUGAUUUUUAAAUCACUGUGUCUGUUUGUUUUGGAGAGGAGGAGACCUAUGUGGAUAAUUCAGCUCCUGAAAACCUCCUGAACAAUGAACACUGAAGGAAUUCUAACUGAGAGAAGUUUUAGCUGGUUGCAGUCGGCAGUCAUCACCACUAGAUGCCACUAAAUCCCUGUAAAUCUUACACACUGUCCCUUUAAUGAAGAAUAUUUGUGUACUUAUUGUGCACUGAACGAAAAGAGUGAAAAUGAAAACAUAAAAAAGUUCAGCAGCAGAAGAUGAAAGGAUGACAUAAGUCUUUGGAGGAAAGAAAAGGAGGUUCUUUGAACUUUUAUAACCUUCCAUCUCCCUCUGCACUCCUUCUUUCCUUCUCUAUUCUUCUCCCUCCAUGCCCCAUACUGUGGUCUUUUAUCUUUCAUUAAGUGCUAAUUAGGAGUCUUUGACCAACUGACCCUUAAUGAAAACUUGAAAGCCAGUAAUCAGUUGGAGUGUGUGUACCAGGUCAAAGAGGGAGAGCGUGCAAACUCAAAUGUGUGUCCUCAUCUAAUUGCUUGUUUCGUUUGUGUGUGUGCGAGUGUGUGUGGAGUGUUUUCGCGCAUUGUUACGGGCCAUUUUUACUUUGAUAACAUUGAUUUUGCACGGAUGCUAUUUAGGCCUGUCCCAAUCCACGGUCACUAAGCCAGUGGUUUCGGUGCCAGUGGAGAACUGCUGAUCUAAAUUUAGUCCUCUCAGGAAGCCAUUAGAGCUGCAGGUGAAGUGUUUUGUCUCCAAGCUGCAGCAAUCAGCUCUAAAAUAUCUGGACAGCUUGUCACUGAUUGGUACAGAGAAUUUUCAGCUAGAUUUAGAAAUGGAUCGUUGUCAUGAAUUAGAUUAGUAUAGCCAUUUAUCCCGAGAGAAGCUGUUAGUUUAGCUGUAAUUAAUCUCUCGAGUCCUCCUUUCAGUCCUCUCUGCACUGAUUGCUGUGUACAAAUCGUCCUGUCUCCCAUUUUCCACAUUGGCUUUAUCAUAAUUGAUUCCUUUUCAAGCCACUGUAAAAAAUAAGCAAAAACAUUCUGAUAAUAAAUGGAAUAUUUUCCUCAGUUAGUACAUUUAACGCCUGUAAUGUCAAGAUUAAUGCCAUUCCUGACGCAUAUACUCUAUGUGCACUGACUAUGAAACAAAGCCUGACUGAGCAACAGCCACUUAUUUUGAUUUCACUUGAGUGGAGCAUUAUUCUCUGAGAAGAGGGUGCAUUGUGUGAUUAAUGUAUGAGCAUUUGUCAUUUUUCAAUGUUUUCAGAUAGAAACUGUAAAAGGUCUCUCUCAGCUUGAUAGUCAGCAACAUUUAAUUUGUGUUCGGGAAAGUGGUUCCCAAUCUGAGGGUCAGGACCCCAACAAGAGCUCGCAAAUUCAUUGUGAGGGGUCAUAAGAUUAUUGACAGGAUAUUAAAACAGGAAAAACAUAUUUUUACAACACAAAAUUAACUUCACUUUUUCUUGUAAUACACUGAAGUCCAAAGAGUUUCUAACCUUUUACAAAUAUUUAAACAAAACAGGAAAAUAAUCACUCUUUGGUCAAGCAGAUUUAGUAAGACAAAGUCCCUCUCCUUCCACAAAAAAUGGCUUCUAAUCCUGGUGCAUUUCCCAGGAGCCUGGAACUUAUUUUGGAAAAAGAUAUGUCAGGCAAUUGAAAGAGACAAAUUAUUUUUUGGUCCUGUUUAAAAUGUACCAUGAAUUACACAUAUGAUGUUUGUCAAAUUAAAAGGUAAUUUUGCAAGCCAAGAAAGUCGCACUUUAGGUUUGUUGUAGUUAAUCUCUUAUCUGGCACACUACAUGGCACCAACACCCACAUGUCCAUUACCUUGGCACAAAUGUAAGAUCGUCUUACCUGGUGUGUUUUAUCCAGUGACUUCUGGUCUUUUUAUCAGUUGGGAAGUAAAAGAACAAGCAAGACCUAUCACUUACGUGAAUACACCCUGCUGGGUACAACACACACAGGUAUCACAGCUUCAGUGAGAGAAAAUUAUGAUGUUAUUUAUGUGACUUCUGGGUGGUCAUUCUCAUUACAUAUUUUCACAGCCUUCAACAGACGAACUGCAACUUUCUUGACUAGCAAAAUAAUCUUUUAAUCAAUUAACCUCAUUAAUUAACCUCAAAGCUGUAAAGCUGUGUUCGGCGUGAUGACGUUCUGUAGUCUCAUUUGCCUACUUGUUAGCAACCGCCUUUUUUAAGACACGUAAAAGCUUCAAACUGAGCGGGGUAUUUACUGACAUAUUUUAUGUCGUAGAACAAAACAUGUAAAUAUCUUAAGCUUGUGUUAACCACAGACCUUAUUUCAGGCAUCUAACCCUAAAACCCAUGCAAAACAACCCAUUAACUUCAAGAUGAGAAAUUUGGGAGGGCUAAAAUGCUAACUCAUUUUAAUGUUUUAGGACUCAUUCCUGCAUCACUUUAUUGGCUAUAUAAGAGAUUAAUGCUGCAUUCUAUUGGUAGCCGGAACCGGGAUUGAUACGGUUUCUGGUCCGGAAAGGUACAAAAGAACACCCGUUCUACCCGGAGGUCUCGUCAUCAAACUCGGGCAAGGUCCAGGUAGACCGAGUCGGUAGAAUUGACAUCACAACGAAGAUGGCUGCACACAUUGUGAAUGGUAAACAAAGUUAUUUGUCCUCAAUUUGUCCUCAUAUAUGCUGUUUAAUUAAGUGUUUGUGUUGUAAAAAUCAUACAAGUACUUUGCAAUGGCAUUUCUAUUUCCACUGUUGAUUUGUGUUGGAAAAAAAGUCUGUGCAAGCCCGUUGUAGCCUGGUUUGAACCAGCAAAGUCUCUGUUGCUCAGCAAUCAUGCAAACAAAAACAAACUUAUGGCACGGCGCCAUGUUUUCCGGACUGUUGCAAUGAAAUGCAUUCAGAUCAGACGUGUCAUACGGUCAUAUAAAUUCGACAAGGAAUGAUCGGCCUGGAUUGCCAAACGAAUGUGGCAUAAGGAUAUAGGAGUGUCACACGCCAUCGUAGCUUUUGUUGAAAGGGGUCUCAAGCCAAAUAGAUUGGGAACCACUGGUUUACCAGCAUGUUUUUAGCCAUGCUAGCAGCGCGGCCCUAUAGGGGGGAACUGUUGGUCAUGUAUUGGAUGGAUUAAAUUUGGUACAGAUGUUAAUGUUCCCCUCUGGAUGAACUCUAAUAACUUCAGCGAUGUCUUUUUUUUGUUUUUCUCUGUAUUUAGUGCUAACAACCAACUUUAGCAUGCUAACAAGCUAGGUUGGUUAACAUGGUCAACACUAAACCUGCUAAACAUCCGCAUGUUAGCAUUGUUAUCAUGAGCAUGUUAGCAUGCUGACAUUAGCAUUUAGCUCAGUGCACCACGGUGCCUAAGUGCAGCGUCACAGGGGCGCUAGCAUGGCUGUAGGCUCUCAGCCGUGUGUCUUUAAUCCGCGACAAGUUUGUUUUGCAAACUUAUAAAUGUUCAUACAUGUAAUAAAACAUUACUGUGUCCCAUUUUAUCAAAGUUGGGAAAGUGGUAUGAGCUGAGGCAAAACCUAGAAUAAGACAUCUUUCUGUGUAAUGUACUGUGCUAAAUGUGUGUGUGUGCUUUGUAAUUUACAGAGAAAGACUGGUUGAAGUUAACGUUGUUCAGGAUGAAGAAAUACUGUGAAUUAGAGCUAGAGUCAGUUCAACUUUGAGUAGAAAAAUGUCGAUGUUGUUAUGAUAACUGGUCCAUGUUAAAACCUGGUUUUGGUUGGUAGACCACAGGCUAAAAGAGUGGAAAAAAGAAGUUGGAUAUUUGUUCUGUCUCUGUGGAUAAACUUGUGAUGCACUGUUGGUGUAACUUUACAUACUCAGAAUAUUUCCUGAAUGUUUAUCUGUCUGUCACAACAUCUAAUGUUAAUGUGUCAGUUUCUCCAAAUGCAUCUCAGACCCUUUAAUAUAAUCUUUAAACUACUUUGGCUUGUUAAACUACAUCGAUGCUGAUCAAGAAACAAGCAUGCCCUCUGUGUGUAGAUUUUUCUGCAGGUAUUCUUUUUAUUGGUGAUGUGUUUCUGUCCCAGUGAUGUUUUCUCUCCUGUUUGUAUGCCGAUAGUUAUUCAAACAAGGAUAAAGUCAUAGAUUGGAAACCAUUGCAUUAAAUGAGCUAUCAAAAGGUGAUUUUAGGAAAAACAACAAAUAUAUGAAAAAAUAAAUAAAAGAAACAUUGCUCUACUUUGUUCAUAGAAAUGCUUCUACCUUUUAUUGCUACUGUAAGUUGAAAAAGGCAGGAAGAUAUAGAGAAGUGUAGAAGUACAGGAAGACAUUAUGAAUUCACAGAACGAGCUGAUCAUGGUCGGCAGUGUUUCCUAUUUCUACUCUGCCAUGCGUUAAAGCUAAAGGAAAUGAUUGAAGAACUAUCUUACAUAUAUAAAAGUACAUGAUAUAGACUUUCACCACCUCCACCUUCAACUUUUCCUUUUUUUUUU